AUGACUGCUGCCACCGAACCCCAAACCUCCUACGUUUUCCAAGGUACCGUUGACAAACCUGGCCUCCAAGUAGUCGGAGGGAAAAGUGUCUACAUUGACGUCGAGAAAGAUGGCGUGGUCCACAAGAACGUUAUCGAUGCAAUGACUGGUGCUGCUGUGGGUGCCCUAGGUUCCGCUGACGAAGAUGUGUUUAAAAUCAUUAAUGAAGCAGCGCGUGAAUCUACUUACUCGUUUUGUCCUUUAAUUUCCAACAAGAGCUCUGAAGCUCUAUCCAAAUUUUACAUUGAAAAUUCUCCUGAGGGGGCCUUCUCUUCAGCCUUGUGGCUUACUUCAGGAUCUGAAAGUAAUGAGAACGCUUUGAGAAUUGUUAGACAAUACUACUUGGAACGUGGACUACCAGAGAAAGUGAAAUUGAUCAGCAGAGAAAGUUCCUACCAUGGAUUCACCUUAGGUGCUCAAUCGAUCUCUUGGAAUCCAAGAAUCGAACCAUUCACUCCUUAUUUAAUGGAUAGGAAGUCAGUGUGCCUAAAAAUGCCUCCUGCCUACACCUACCGGUUCAAAGAGAAGGCGGAAACGGAGGAACAAUAUACAGAACGUUUGCUUGGUGCUUUGGAGCAACAAAUCAUCGAGAAUGGCGCAGGGACCAUUGCGGCUAUUAUCGUUGAGACUUUACCAGGCUCAACUCUUGGUACAACUCCACCACCAAAGGGAUACUUGAAGGGAAUUAGAGCUCUCUGUAACGAAUACGAUAUCAUCUUCUACCUUGAUGAAGUUAUGUGCGGUACUGGUAGAUGCAACCCCAACGGAAAGCUCAACUGCUGGGAAAAUUAUCUGGAUGCUUCAGAAGCACCUGACAUUCAAACAAUCGGUAAAACCAUUGGUUCUGGGUACGUCACUUUAGCUGGUGUUUUAAUCGGCCCAAAAAUUAGAAACGCAUUUGUGAAUGGUUCCAACUCCGUCUUUGGUGGUAACACGUACUCCGGCCAUGCCUUCAACUGUGCUGUCGCACUGGGCAUUCAAAAGAAGAUUUUGAAGGAGAACUUGACUGCCAACAUUUUCAAGAUGGGCAACUUACUAGGUGCCAAGCUAAAGGAGCGUCUAUUGUCAGCAGACAACAUUGCUGGCGACGUCAGGGGUGUUGGGGGCUUCUGGUCCAUUGAGUUUGUGAAAGACAGAGCAACUAAACAGAUCUUUGAUGCUGACUUGAACGUGGGCCCUCGUUUCAAGCAGCUUUGCUUGGAGAACGGAGUGAAUGUCAUGGGCAUGCCCGCAUUCGCUGAUGGUAGCUGCGGUGACCAUGCUUUGGUUGCACCAGCAUUCAUCGUCACUGAAGAUCACAUCGAAGAGAUUUACGAGAAAAUCGUCAAGUCUGUGGAUGAUUUGACCUCGAUAUUGAAGCAAGAAGGCGCUUUCUGA